AUGGAGUUGCAACGGAAGCGCAGUUUUAACAGUUCUACAGUAUCUCACGAUUUCAGAAAAGAAUAUAAGGGAUCCUUUUUGGAAAAGAAAGGAAAAAAAGAGGGCAAGAAGAAUGGACUCAAGUCGAUUGCCGAGUGGAUUUUGACGAAAGCAUCUUCCACAAAGAAGACAAAUUCAUCUGGAACAUUUGCCACCUCAACGAAUUCAUCUUCCCAGAAAAGUGGCGUUGGUGCUAAGAUUGUGACAGUUCAAGAGAAAUCAAGCUAUUUUGAUUGUGUUCCAAAUGAGAUUCUCUUCCAAAUUCUCGAAAAUUGCAAGUCUUCCGAAUCAUCAACAACUUUGUCGGCUCGUCGAGUUUCUCGUCGUUUUAAUGCUUGUAUGGAUCAUAUUUCGGAAGUUAAAGUUAAUGUUCUUUCUCGACUCGUAAUAUCUGGUUUGGGAAGAAAAGGAAUUGAGAUGAGAUGGGUCAGUUAUGAAGGACAAAAGACGAAGACUACUGUUGUUCCAUGGAAUAUUGUCCGAUCAUCAAACAGUUCUUUCGAGUUCAAUUUCCGAAGUUUUUCGAUUCAAAGAAUUUUGUUGAAAAAUGUACCACUUUCCGAUGAAUUGAUCGAUUUUCUUCGACGUCUGUUUCAAUUCGCAGAUAUCUCAAAAUUGAUUCAAUUGUCGUUGUCUCAAGUUGACUUCUCCUCAUGCAAUUCGUUAUCUCUUCAUCGUUUUCUUGCUCCAUUAACCAAAAGUCUUGAAAUAUUCGAAAUAACUCAAUGUAAUGGAAUGCGUGCGGAUUCAGUUACUGAUGAACAUUUGGCUCAAUUGAAUGCGUCAACAAUUCGACGAAUUUGUAUUGACGGUGUUAAAUUUGCAUCUGGAGCAACGAGAAACCUGGAUAUUGGAGAUGGAGCAUUAAGAAGAUUCGCAAAACUUGCAGCAUUUCCAACAAUGAUUUUGGACAGAUGUGCAGUUACAACAAAUACAGUUUGUGAUUAUACGAAGGAAUGGUUUGAGCAGUGCAACGAAUCAGAAAAACAACUGAGAAGUCAAGUUUGCACAGUCAAAAGAUGCCCGAAGGUGAAGGGUUCACAAUUUGAAUCAGAGUGCCGUCGUCGUGGUCUUCGAUGCAAAAACCGACGUGGAUCAGGAUCUUUGACAUUAUAUAAUGUUCAAGAAGAGAAUACGAAACGAGAGUUUACGAUUGCUUUGGCUGCUCUUGAAGAUAAAGAACUUGCCGAAAAACUCAAAAUCACUCCUCCAGAUGAUCCGAUCAGCUGUAACCUACUGACAGUUCCUUCCUUAUAA